GAUAGAGUAAGCUUGCGAACCAGCAGACACGAGGCGUCAGUCUGAGCUGCUCUACCCUCUCUGGUGAAGCCGCCGUUGCCCACAGUCAUCAUGGCGCUGCCAGCUCUUCACUUGUAUCCUUUGCUUUUAGCAUUAAGGGAUUUGUAAAUGGGUGAAGAAUGGGGUAUUUACAUCAUAGAACAUGGAUAGCUUAGAUUCUCUUUAUGGCAUUUCAGCAGUUGUGGAGGCUGCCUCUCAUCAUGCUCAGCCUGCCAUGGUUAGCAGAGUAGCAUGGGGGAAGGUAGCCAAGUUACUUAGCUAUUACUGAAGAUAGGACAUGGGUUAUUAUUGAUGUUAUAUUAUGCUAUUGCAUGGUCCCUACCUAGUAUGGCCUGAUUGACACAGUAGCAGCUUGGGUGCUUGUUUGUGUCUGUUUGCAGAAAAAAAAAAAAAAAAAAUGAUAUCAUCAAACAAGCAUAAUAAGUCAGACUGUUACACCCACAAUGUUUUAUCUAAUUGUGGCAGUAACUUUGCAACUUCACCUUAGUUAAUUUCAUAACUGCAUUAUAUAAAUGGUAUGUUGCAGGGCAGCUAUUGGGUUCCAUUUUCAUUCCUAUCAGAAUAAAUUUAGGUAUCCAGGAAAAAAAUAUGGAUGGUGUAAAAAACUUUUAUGUGCGAGGAGUGGCCCUUAAAGGAAUGCUGUAGGCAUUAUACGUGUUUAUGGUUUUAAACCUGCAAUGUAGAGCAUUGUGGUUUGCUCUAUGAGGAGCGUUGGUUUGAAUGAAACAGAAAAGUCGGUGUGACUUUGCAGAAGGUUGAAUGAGCGCUUGCAGGGAUUGGAUCUUGGCGCUCAAAGAAAUGGUGAGUAAAAUCUCCCACGCCAUUUAGAGUUUGGGGGGGGAGGGUCCUAAAACUUAUAGUAGAGGAGAACACUAUGGUGUAAGGAACACAGGUGUGUAUUCCAAAUGCUAUAGUGCUCUAACAGUUUAUUUUUUGGGGAGUGUAAAUCUAGAAACUGCUUAAAGCUGCAGCCCUGUGUGUAGCUUAUGCAGUCCCUCACCUGUGUGGCCAAUGAUCAGUCAGUGGCUUGCUGUGCCCUCUGAUUUUGAACCACUACUGCGCAUGCAGCUCCACCUUAUGUUCUUCAGGCUGAAGGCCAGGGAGUCUGCUGGACAGAUCAGUGUAAGCGCACGCUGAGAGGCACUUGUACUGGAAGAGAAUGCAGGCACCUUGUAGCAGAAAGCUAAAAGAAUUGGGAAUACAAACUCCCAGCUGUCUAACAGCCAGGUGUUCCUGAAAUUAGUUAUAAAACUGCCAGUUUCAUAUAGAAAUCAGCACUUCUAUCAACUGCGAUUACGAGGAGAUGGUCCUCACAUAUAAAGCUCUUUAGCAAGCUAAUGUGCAUUAUGUGUGUAAAAUGUCCCUUUAAGUGUUUGUUAUUCCAUAACAUUUGGCAUAUAGUUCGCUCAGAGUGCCGUUCCCUUGCCACAGGGAGGCACAGAUUGCUCAUGACACUUUGUGCCCAGAUGCAGAGCCCAGAAAGGGAGGUGUAAGCAAAACACUGACUGUUGCAGACAACAUCCUUCAAGUGUAAGUUUUUCUCCAUACUUCCUAUUACAUGUACACACGUUUUAUUUAUUAACUUUGGUUGUAGUUUCUUAACUUAGUUAUUUAGUACUUUAAUGAUUGUUUUGCUUCAAACAGGAAGCCUCUAGCUGCUGAUGUUCUGAGCCAAUAAGUACUCCCCAUUCACAAAAUGACUUUUGGAACGUAUGUAAUUUUUCUCAAGCUGUUUUUGCUUAGUGUGUCAGCUGGCACCCCUGUCUGCGGCCCUCAGAGGCCUUCUGUGUGAAGUGGAAGAACAGGGGCAGAGGUAAAUUACACUGCAGAGAAAUCUUUGUGGAUAAACUGUUUGUGAAUGGUGUAAGCCCAAAAAGUAAACUGAUGCCAGGAACCUCCUGGCACCAUAGCAACUUUAUUACACUGACAUUGGUUGGUGAAGUUGGUCCCUGGAGUGUUCUUUUAAGUAAAAAUGAUUUAUAGUUAAAUAUAACUUUCCUAUUCCCGGUGUGUUGGAGUACUUAUCCGAGAAAGUGAUGAUGCAGGCUUCCUUUGCUGGUGAUGUAAUUUAGGGUAUCCAGUGAGUCCUCCUUCUGGUUGAGCAGAGCUGCCAUGCUAGAUGCCAGACCCAGGCACUGGCUUGUUUUUCCUGGAUCUUUUCCCCAUUGAUGGUUAAGUGUAGUAUGGUGUCAGUGAAGUGGUUAAAUUCUGGGGAAAUUAGACUGAAUGAAGUGUUUUUAAAUAUGGAGCUUACAAUAACAUAUCUGUUAGCUCUGCCCCCCUCAUUCUCAGAAUUCACAAUUGCUAUCGCACUUUGUACGUGUGGAGAGAGUGCACGGCAAGCCCGGCUCUUCUGCCCCUCACAGUGCCCAUAUUGGCAAUGAAAACGGAAACACUGCCAAGUCUCAUGCUUUGUGGAAGUGAUUGACAUUGGGACGGGUUGAAGCCAUCAAGGGCCUUGCAACCAUCACCAGAAUUCAGUGGCGUACACACAAUUCAUAGGACCCUGGUGCGAAACUGAUCCGUGGGCCCCCCCCCACCGACACACACACAGACACGUACAGACACAGACAUACACACAGACAGGCACACAUAUAUACAUACACACACAGACAGUGACACAUACAUACAGACAAAUACACACACAAGACGCACAUACAUACAGACACAUACAAGACGCACAUACAUACACACAGACAAAUACACACACAAGACGCACAUACAUACAGACACAUACAAGACGCACAUACAUACAUACAUACAUACAGACACAUAUACAUACAGACACAUACAAGACGCACAUACAUACACACACACACAAGACGCACAUACAUACACACACAAGACGCACAUACAUAUACACACACACACAAGACGCACAUACAUACAUACACACAAGACGCACAUACAUACACAAGACGCACAUACAUACACACACACACAAGACGCACAUACAUACACACACACACACAGACAUACAUACACACACACACACAUACAUACACACACACACACACAGGCCACAUACAUACACACACACACAAGGCGCACAUACAUACACACACACACAGAUACACACACACACACACACACACACACAUACACACACACACACAAGACGACAUACACACACACACACACACACAGAUACAUACACACACACACACAGACACACACACACACAAGGCGCACAUACAUACACACACACACACACAGCACAUACAUACAUACACACACACACAGAUACAUACAUACACACCACACACACACAAGGCGCACAUACACACAGACACACACACACACGCACAUACACACACACACACACACACACAGACAUACACACAGACACACACACACAGCGCACAUAUAUACAGACACACACACACAAGACGCACAUACACACACACACACACACACAGACGCACAUACAUAGACACACACACACAAGACGCACAUACAUACAGACACACACACACAAGACGCACAUACAUACUGGCAGACAAGCGCACACAUACAUACUGGCAGACACGCACGCAAGACGCACAUACAUACAGACAGGCAGACACACGCAAGACGCACAUACAUACAAACAGACAAGCACACAGACAUACAGGCAGACGCACGCAAGACGCACAUACAUACAAACAGAAAAGCAUACAGGCAGACGCACGCAAGACGCACAUACAAACAGACAAGCACACAUACAUACAGGCAGACGCACGCAAGACGCACAUACAUACAAACAGGCAAGACGCACAUACAUACAAACAGGCAAGACGCACAUACAUACAAACAGGCAAGACGCACAUACAUACAAACAGACAAGCACACAGACAUACAGGCAUACAGGCGGACACGUUAUUGGAACUUGCAGAACUGUGCCAGUACCAUUUUAAAGGGAACAGUCUUUAAAACACCAAAAAGUCCAAAUGGUGUUUCUAACUGGCAAAAUCUCCCAGGGACCAUAGUCAUACGUCAAGAGGCUGGUAAUUAGUCCUCUCCAGGCACAAGCGGCGAAGGGCACUUCGUCACAGGUAGUAUUGUAUGUAUACCAUAAAUUCAAUAGGUAAUUAUUGCACUCACAAACAAUGUUUGAUUGCAGUCAUAUCAUAUACCAUUGUCUUCAGCACAUUUUAAAGGAAUUGUAGGAAAGGAAGUAACGAUAAUAGUGCAAGACUGCUAAAAAAAUAUUGCUCUUUAAUAAAAUUGCACUUACAUGAUCAGUAAAGAUGGUAUGCACAUUUGAAGUCCCAAAUUGAUGGAGAUAGCGGCUGUCUUCUAUAAUUGAGAUAAAACUUCCUCCCUUUUUGUCCAAAUACAAAUGUAUUGAGUAAAAAAAAAAAAAUAUAUGCAUUUCGUUCGGUUUGGACCGAACUUCCUCAGGGGUAAAAAAAACUUGUCACAUGUCCAGUGGAGUAGUUUUUUUUAGAGAAAAGGCAGUGUUUACCUUACUGCCUUGGAACACCUCCAGUGGCAGUCACUCAGACUGCCACUUGGGGUGCUUUCUGUGUCAGUGCUGCACAACAUGCAUCACUGACAUUCAAGGUCUCCACAAUUUUGAUCUCAGCCAAGGGGGCGGAGAGUUGGCGGGGCCAGCCGCGACCAGACCCGCACAGCGCUGGAAAAAGGUGAGUAAACGACCUAUUUAACUUGAAGUAAUGGUGGGCUGGUAGCCUAAAACAACUAUUUACACCUAUAGUGUCCUGAAUGCAUGUUUGUAUUCCUGACACUAUACUGUUCCUUUAAAGGACCACUAUACUGCCAGGAAAACAUACUCGUUUUCCUGGCACUAUAGUGCCCUGAGGGUGCCCCCACCCUCAGGGACCCCCUCCCGCCCGGCUCUGGAAGGGGGAAAGGGGUUUAAACUUACCUUUUUCCAGCGCUGGGCGGGGAGCUCUCCUCCUCCAAUCCUCCUCCGUUCCUCCUCCUGGGCAGAAUGCGCACGCGCGGCAAGAGCUGCGCGCGCAUUCAGCCGGUCACAUAGGAAAGCAUUCAUAAUGCUUUCCUAUGGACGCUGGCGUGCUCUCACUGUGAAAAUCACAGUGAGAAGCACGCAAGCGCCUCUAGUGGCUGUCAAUGAGACAGCCACUAGAGGAAUAGGAGGAAGGUUUAACCCAUUCAUAAAUAUAGCAGUUUCUCUGAAACUGCUAUGUUUAUGAAAAAAUGGGUUAACCCUAGCUGGACCAGGUACCCAGACCACUUCAUUAAGCUGAAGUGGUCUGGGUGCCUAGAGUGGUCCUUUAAAUAUUCAAAAUUAAAGGACCACUAUAGUGCCAGGAAAACAUACUCGUUUUACUGGCACUAUAGUGCCCUGAGGGUGCUCCCGCCGGGCUCUGGAGAGAGGAAGGGGUUAAACACUUACCUUUCUCCAGCGCCGAGCGGGGAGCUGUACUCCUCCUCUCCUCCUUGCUCGCGACGUCAUCGGCUGAAUGCGCAUGCGCGGCAGGAGCCGCGCGCGCAUUCAGCCGGUCGCAUAGGAAAGCAUUUACAAUGCUUUCCUAUGGACGCUUGCGUGCUCUCACUGUGAUUUUCAUGAGUUAUAGUAACUCCUGUUACUAUAAUCACAAGUAGGCGGUAGUGGUUAUGGUACCUAGACUGACCCUUGGAAACUUGUAGUGGGUGCCCACAUAUAGCACAACAAAUUCUACAGGCAUUUCCCCUGUGCAAUUUGGGAGGGGUUCAAUUAAGAGCUCGGAUGAUUGUGUUUGCAGAGCUUCAAUGAAUGGUAAGUCUCCUAUCAUAGUAGGAAUGCCUGUAUUUUAUUCUGUACAUAAAGUGUUAACAUAUUUCUGAUUAGCUGAUGUUUCAUUAAUGCUGUGACUCUUUCGCAGGCACUGGCAAGCAGAUGAAGCACGUAUACUACGUGUGUCCAUCAGCUCCUUUCUUGAACAUCUUUCACUUGUGAUACAGACAAUGGACAGAUUUGGCCCUCCCACGGAGGAUACCUGACUACUUCCACAACUAUCACUGUCUUAUGUCUUCCUCUGCGCAGAUUCACUGGUUCUUUUGGAUUCAAGCUAGGUUUUUCUUCUAAUUAUGCUCAAGUGAACCUUUGAAUGUUAUCAGCGAUGUUUACCCUUGCAAGUUAUUAAUUCUAUGCUGGCAAAACUUCAUAGAAUUACACCUGCUGUCAACCUUUUUGGCCAUUCCUGCUUAAUAGACUCUUAAACUCUUGAAAAUAGGAAUAAGAGACCAAUCCGUAAGUGAAAUCGCAAUUAGAAAAAGACAAACUUUAACCUGGAUCCAUUCACCAUCUUGAGAUUGAAACUUGAAAUAGUAUCCUCUGCUUUCUCACAGAGAACUUUUAGUGGGAUUUCUCCAUUGCUGGUAAUCGGCAUUGGGGUAAAAUCAGUGCCCUGUUAUAUUUCCAGUGUUUAAAUAUAUAUUGUUUAUAUAUUACAAGUGCCGCUGUUUUCAAUCAAUGUUACAUUUGUGUUUAAUUUCUUUGUUCUCAUCUCCUCGUCAGUGUUAGACAGACUGAACUUUAAUCAUACACUGGAGGCUGCUGUAGUCUAUAGCAGGCAAUUAAUAGCGCAGAGAUACAAAUUUUAAAAUUAAACACACUGUGCUGCCCUAGUCAUACCUGGAAAUGUAUGGCUAGGUCGGCAUAAACAAAGUGAUUUAACUUCUAAAUGACAGGGACUUGAGCAGUAAGACUGCAGGGACAUGAUCUAUACAUACACCAAAACCACUUAAGCUAAAGUUAUUUUGGUGCUAAGCGUGUAAAAAGGUUACUCCAAGCAUCAUAAACACUUCAGUGAUUUUUUGCUGGAGGUGUAAGCCUUCAAGUGCAAAAAUAAAUCAGAUUCCACAUAGAAAACAAACAUCAAGAUGCUUCAUAUAUAUAUUUUCAUUAGUGAGCCUUGUCUUCAAAGUCUCCUGGUAAUCCCCACAAUAAGGAUCCAUCCAAGCCCACUUUGCUGCUGAUCCAGAAAUUUCAGUCGCUCAUAGAUGGCCUUAAUAAUAAAACUGGUCCAUAUAUCCAUAAAAUAGUAUUUACACUCCACCUAUUGUUCAAGGAAGUUGAAGCACUACAAUACUUAAAGUUUAAAUGCAAUCUAGCCUAAUUCGAGCCUCAUGUCUAGUGUUUUGUAACUAACACUAAGUUAAUUGUUUCAGUGCAUCUCCUUACUUACAUUUGCUCCAUGGGGGCAGCCAUCUUUACCUGUUAGGUCACAAGCAGCAUGUAUUUGCUAAAACAGUGCACAAUUUAAAGGUCUUACACUUUCCCAGGAUGCAUUUUGAGAUGCUCUGCGCUUAUGGAUAAUGUCAGCAUUUAGUAAUGCUUAAUAGGUUUUGAUUACCUUCACUGUUUUGGUUGGAUAAACUAAACGUCUGACUGUGAAAGACAUUAGAUUGCCAUGGGUGGGGGCGUGGCCUGACCAUCACUGAGAGCAGUCGCAUGUCUGCAGUGCUCUGGACUGAAGUCGGGGAAAAUAACAAUACAAACCAAAAUUCAGCAGUGCCCUGUCAAUAACUCCUCCAUAGCACAACGCCAGUCAGGCGCAACGGAACAAAUACAACAACUGGAUUCAAUGGAAGAUGCCAGGAGACUCACCAACAUAAAAAUCAGAGGUAUCGCCGAAACGGUUAAUGACACGGAGCUACCCCACGUCAUCCGGCACCUUCUGUCGGCGAUUCUGCAUCCCAAGCAGGUGAAGACUAUACAAGUGGGCAGAUCACACAGGGUGCCCAAGUCUCCCAGGGCACCGGCAGGCACACCACGCAAUGUCCUCCUUCGAUUCCUGUCCCUCUGAGAUAAACAUGCAGUGAAGGAUGCACUCAAGAACAAAUGUCUGUUCCCAUUCGAAAAAUCACAACUCCCCUUUCUGCAUGAUCUCUGCAGGGCCACACUGGAAUGGAGACGCUCAGUCAGCCGGGUCACUAGGACCCUCCGAGAAGCUAAUAUCCAGUACAGAUGGGGCCCAUCAUGCACACUCGUGGCCACCCAGGGAGAGACCACCUGCCGACUCUCAUUGGAUGAAGAAUCUGACCCUUUCCUCCGCAGCCUGGGGCUAGACAGGCGCAAAACCAACACCCCUGGACACUACCCAAUAUAGUCCCCUUUGUACCGCGCUCUGAGGCUGAUACAGGCUGAAACACCACCAGUGGACUUGUGCUCAAUUUGACCCACUUGCAGAGAAGUGUGCCAAUAGACUUGAAAUUACAUUUUAGUUUUUUUAUUUGUUUGUUCAAGUUAUAUCACUUCUAUAAUUUGCAGCUGCUUUUAAACCAGUCCUUAAUGGACAGUCAGACCGACUACAUCCUCCCUCACCCCCACCCCUUCAUUGGUGCUCAUGGGUCAAUGAGCACUACCCUUAACUACUCCCCCCACAUGGUAACGCUGAGCCAGCUACCGGCUACCUGCUUUGCGCCUUUCUCAAGCACUACCACUUGCUUCCAAUACCUUACCAAGUAUUAGCCUAACCACAGAAAUCCCUCUAUUUUUGGGCAUAUCAGCCACGUAAGCGCAUAAUCGGCUACUUGUUUCUACGCCUGCCUCAGUAGGUGAAGGCUCCUAAUUCCCACGGCUGAGCCACAUGGCCAAUAAGCUCCUCAACCCAAACUCCUUUGUACAAUAAAUAUAAAAUAAGACCAUUUUCCCUUUAAGUGUAAUGUUUGUUGUGAUACACAUGACUUAUGUCUGUUGUAGCAAGUCAGUAGAAAUUUGUGGAGAGACUUCACCUGUCCUUCGUUAAACACAUCACCUUGAUUUACACCAGGGGAAGGCAAACAUUAGCACUCAAGAUGUUGUAGAUUACAUCUCCCAUAAUGAUCUACUCAUACAGCCAUAAUGCAGGCAAAGCAUUAGGGGAGAUGUAGUCUACAGCAUCUGGAGUGAUGAAGGUUUACAGUCACAUGUAUUAGCCAAACAUAGAUAACAGAGCCAAUAAUUCAUAUUCAGAAUUUUUUUUUAUUUACACUCCACUUUUUAAAGAGAUUUCUCAGCAUUGUUAAUAAUGUUGUACAAACAGUAUCUAUUCACAUGAGAAGCAGGACAACCUUUCCAAAAGACACAUUGAGUUCUCAGCCUGGCCACUGCUGAUACCAGGACAAACCUUAAAAUGUGUUCUUGAACUCAUAGGUUCUCAGUUUAUUAUCAUCCCUACUCCGACACCUACUAGGACAGAGCUUUGGGAUGUUUCAAACUUUAACAAGCCCUCUACUGUUCUGGUCCAAGCAAAAUGGUUAUCAAAACCUGAAACAUUUUUAACCUAUGGCCAAAUUAUAUUCUUUUUCUUACCUAGCUGAAAAUGAAUAAUGUUCAACUCCAAUAUGUAAAUAUGUAAUACCAAAAUGGCAAAAUGUAGGCUAAAAUAGUUGCUAAAAAAAUUAUCCAAGUCUUCUGGUGUGACAGCCUGAAUUUUGUCAGUUGGUUUUAAUUUGCAAUUCGCAGUUUAUUGAGUAACUCUGGCAAUAGUAAUUAAUCAUGACCAGCAGAUGUUUAAAGUGGAACUGUCACAGUUCGAUAAUAAAAAGUAGACUUUUGGUUGAGUUGUUUUACUUUUUUUUUUUAUAAAUCAUGGUAGUCUUUACUUCAUAAAAACUGGCUGUCCUGGCCCAGCCGGAGCAUGCCAUUUACAUUCAUUUAAACACCUCCACCCCCCACAGACAGACACACACACAUAUCCCCACAGCAUUUCUUUGCACAGGCCAGAAGCAUCAGGGGACCAUCUCAUCCUGAAAUGGAAGUGCACUAUUGGUAAUUCAGCAUUUUACUUACCUCUCCUAUGCUAUGUAUUCCAAUAAUAGCCUCAGCAGCUGUUUGAGGUAAAAGUGAUUUGUCAUUUCCACCUAGUGACAAUCCCACUUUAAAUAAACCAAACAUGAUUUGAAAAAUGGCUGCAAUGUUUGUUAUCCACAUUUCCUCCCCUUUCUAUUCAGACUGUGGUGGAAUUGAUUAAGAAGACAUCUCAGGCUAAUGCUGAAUGGCUAACGCAAAUAUGGGCUGUAGGCAAAUAUUUACUUCUAGGAAUAAUACCAGUUUCUGUGUAAUACUGAAACUACAGCCUAGAGUCCCUUAGGCUUAUUUACCAACGUUAAAAGUAGAUGAAGAUCACAAAGUAUAUGCUAAUUUAACAAUAUGUCUAUAUACAGUAAUAAAACACAGUGCAGCAAUUUUCUCAAGGGAGGACUGUCCAACUUGUAACAUUAAUAUCUACAAAAUGCUCUCAAGCUGUUUAUCGUAUGGCUUUCUACAUAGGAUGAGGCACCAUCAUGUCAUGCACAGUCUGUGUUGGAGCAUUUUAGAAGAUAUCAUCGUCACAUAUAUCCAGAUAAACAUCAAAAGCUUCUCGAUUGCAGUUUCCUUCUGGGGUGAAGACAUACUUAUGAAAAGUUCCAUCUACGCAGACGGCUGAGGAAUAAAGAAAAUAAUUAAUUAAAAUCUUCCAUGAUUUUUGCAUUCAAGAGCAACUUAAAGGCUUGAACAAUAAAGUAUCAGAAAUGUGCCUCACCUAUGACAGAAUUCACAUUUUUUGAUGUGUUCUUGCCAAAAGCACAGAUACAAGCAGACUCUGCAGGCACGGUGAAACUGGCUAAACUCCACUGUGAGUCCACAUAUUGACCUAUCAUGGGUCCAACCUUCCCAACUCGUGCCAAG